AUGUCUCAAUUUGUAAUCCACCAUUGUUUUUUUCGCCGUCAUUUCAACCUAACUACAUUCAUUUCUAUCUCUCUCUUUUUCUUUCUCACUCUUUCUCUCUCGCUCGCUUUUUCUCUCUCUCGUUUUCUCUCUCUCUCUCUCACUCUAUUUUUCUAUCUAUCUCUUUUUCUUUCUCUCUCUCCCCUUCUCGCUUUCUCUCUUUUACUUCCAUCUUUUUUUCCUAUAAUUCUUGUCCUUCAUUCAUUCGUCUCACUUUCUCUCUUUUCUUUCCAUCUUUUUCAUUCCUCUCCACAACUUCAUUCCUUGAUUGCUUCCUUCCUUCCUUCCUUCCUUCCUUCCUUCCUUCUUUCCUUCCUUCCUUCCUUUGUCUCUCUCUACCUCUCUCUCUAUCGCUCUUUCCCUAUUUUCCUUCUUUCCUUCAUCUUCCUUCCUUCCUUCCUUCCUUCCUUCCUUCCUUCCUUCCUUCCUUCCUCUCUCUCUCCCUCUCUCUCUUUUACUUUAUUCUUAUUUCCUGAUCAUUCUGCUUCCUUUCUCUCCUUAUUGUUUCAUUUUCUUCUUUCCUAUCCUGUUAUUCUAUCUAUCUAUCUAUCUAUCUAUCUAUCUAUCUAUCCUGGUCCGAUCAUUAUCUAUCUAUCUAUCUAUCUAUCUAUCUAUCUAUCUCACUUUAUUCAUAUCUAUCUCACUUUAUUCAUAUCUAUCUAUCUAUCUAUCUAUCUAUCUAUCUAUCUUACUUUAUUCAUAUCUAUCUAUCUAUCUAUCUAUCUAUCUAUCUAUCUAUCUAUGUCAACCAUUAAUUAUUCAUCUAAAAUGGAUUUCCGAUACUUCCUUCCUUUUCUCUCUCUCUCUCUCUCUUUUCCUGCUAUCCUUCUUUCCUGUCUACCUUCAUUCCCCCCUCUCUCUCUUCCUUUUAUUCCUCUUUCUCGAUUUCGAUCCUUCCUUUUUCACUUCUCUUAUGAUCCAUCCAUCCAUCCAUCCAUCCAUCCAUCCAUCUAUCCACUCAAUGUUUUCUCGUCUUUCCUUGCUUUUUCCUUCAUUUCUUCCUUCCUUACCAUCUUUCGUUCCUUUUCUCGUCCUUCCUGUCUACAUUUUACUUCCUUCUGUCAUCCUAUCUAUCUAUCUAUCUAUCUAUCUAUCUAUCUAUCUAUCUAUUUCCUGAUUCCGAUCCUUCCUUCUUUUUUUCUUUUCCCUUAUUGCUCCUUCCUUCCUUCCUUCCUUCCUUCCUUCCUUCCUUCCUGUCUAUAUUUUACUUCCUUCUGUCAUCCUAUCUAUCUAUCUAUCUAUCUAUCUAUCUAUCUAUCUAUCACAGCCCUUAACUAUUUAUACAAAAUUGAGCGUCUAUAG